AAUAGCUAUCAGGGAGCUGUGAGAAACUGACCUGCCAAACAGCCAGCUAAUUUAUACUGAAAUAAUGUGUGCAAAGCCCCCAUUAAAAGGGCAGCAGUCACUCUCCUUUACAGGCACAAAAAGACAAAGAUCAAGGCACACAGAAAUGUUUGCUAUACAAAAACCUGAGGCUGUCCCUCAUCUGUCCCAUUUUCAUGACGCAAAGUCCUUAGGAAGCCUUCCAUUUUCCAGUGAUAAGGAGAGAAAGCAGGACACCAACUUUAAUAUCUUGGAGGAAACAUAUGAUAAAAAUGAAAACUGGAGUCAUGAUAAGAAAGAAGGGGAGGAAGGAGACAUGAAAUCCAAAUCAGAGGAUGAAAAAUCAUCUUUGGAUAAUAACAGGUCUCAACUUAAGAACAGGUCAAUAGGACAGCUAAAAAGCACAGGCUCUGAAGGGAUCAGUUUGUCUUCAUCAGAGGAAGAGGUACGUAGCCCACCAGAGGGAGCAGAAAUUAUGCAACUACAAGGGGAUACACCAGCUAAGGACAUGGCAAAUGGUUUUGAGAAAUGGGCAGGAUCACCAUUAGAAGACAAUGGUUAUGCCAGCAGCUCACUGAGCAUAGAUAGUCCUGAUAGUGUAUCUGGAAACACAUGGCAAGAAACAACUGUUCUGGCACCCACGACUACACCACAGGAAAAUCCAGAGACAGAAGAUUCUGAUGUUGAAUCCUCAUCAGACUCAGAUUCUAUCUCUGUAACAUUAUCAGAGGCUUUUCAGAGUCUCCAGGACAAGGAAAAGCUAAAGGAAAGAGAAAAAGAGAAGCAUCAUGCACAGUUAACUAUGUAUAGACGCCUGGCACUUCUGAGGUGGAUAAGAGCUCUCCAGCAAAGUGAGAGAUCAGCAGAACAGACUUCAAGAAAGCUUUGACACCAUUCUAGACAACCGCAAGGAGAUUCUUAGACAUAUCCAGCAUGGCUAUAACAAGACACCUACUAAAGAAGCAGUAUGAGACAUUCAGAAUAAAGCAUUCACAGCAAUGCCCAGUCCAACAACCAGCAUCUAUACCUACAUCCCAGGGUCUGGCAGUCAUCACCUACAAGCAUUAGAUGGAAAACUCUAUGCCAACAAAUCACAGCAGAAGGUUCAAACAAGGGUAGAGGUCUCACUAAUGCCAACAUUCAUUCUAACAUUGCUAUUGCUUUAAUGCUGCUUCUACACUUUAGAAUAAAGUAGGAAGCAGAGUGGGAGAAGCUAAAGGUGCAUUUAUUCAAACAUGUUAUAUGAAUUAUUAACAUAAAUAAAAGUUUCAAAACCAUUAUGCAAAUAUAAAAAGAGUU